CCCUCCUUUUUUAAAUCCCCGUUCAAAUAAACAGGCGGAGAUAAGAUACAAACAGAUGAAAUGAUAAAAUAGAGAGGCUAGAGAGAGAAACCCUAAUCCUCCUCUUCAUUUAUACUUAUCGUUUUCGUUUUUCAUUUUUCAUUUUUCAAUAGCAAUUGAUGGAGAGGUCGGGGACUCGGUCGCCGCCGGAGAAGGCUACGUCGCUGGGGUACGUGAGCUGGGAGGAGGUGUACGUAUCCAGCGACAGAAGGAGGAGAGAGGUGCAGUAUUAUCUGAAGAGAAACGACGGUGGAAAAGACCUGGCAAUUACAGGGAAAGAGAAGAGCUCACGGCACAUGUCUUAUUAUUUUGAAAUUAGGAACCGGUCGAAUUUGUUUCCUAUGGCACCCUCUCUGAAGCCGAAGUCAAGAAGAGAGGUUAUUGACUUGCUCGAUUCAAUUGUUUCAGGUUCCCUUCUACAAGCACCAAUCUUUCAAGCAGGCUCCUUGGAUAACAGUGAUGCUUCUCAGUUCGAUAUGGAAAUAUUUAAGGAUAUUCAGUCGCAAAAGCUGGGGCAUUAUUCUUCAGAAUUUUUGUGGUUAGGUUCUCCAUGGGUUUGCAGGAAGAAAAGAAAGCAUUAUGAGUCUUUUUACCGGAAUGGUGUCAAAAUUUCUAUUCAUGACUUUGUUUAUGUCUUAGCCGAGGAGGAUAAACGACUCAUUGCUUACUUGGAAGACCUCUACGAGGACUUGAAAGGGAACAAAAUGGUUAUGGUACGAUGGUUUCACAAAAUUGAUGAGGUUGGUAUUGUUUUGCCUCACAAUUUUAAUGACAGAGAGAUUUUCUUUUCUCUGUGUCUUCAAGAUCUCAAUAUCGAAUGCAUAGAUGGAGUGGCCACUGUUUUGAGUCCUCAGCAUUUCAAGAAAUUCUUAAAUGAGGCUGUAUGUACUAGGUUCAAUGCUUUUGUUUGUGACAAGCUGUUCGACAAUGAAGAUGUUAAUCACUUUGACAUUACUCAAGUUGAAGGUUACUGGAGACAGGAAAUUCUUGGGUAUUUGAGUGUCAUUCCUUCAAAGUGUCUGGCGAAUUCCCAAUAUCCAGGCAAUGGCUUGAGAGGUGAAGGACAUGACAAUAAUGCUAGUAGGAUGAGACCUAAGAAGAGGCUUCGCAGAUUAAAAGACAAUGAUGAUUUUUGCAUUGUCAGAAAAGAAUCAACUACUUCUAGGUGUUUUAACAUGCAAAACCUGCGUAACAGUCGGAUUGACAGCAAAACUGGAAAUGAGAUAUGCAGUCAAAGGGGAGAAGAGCAUACUGCCUUUUUGUCCACAACAGAGGUUAUGCAAAAUCCUCAAAAUCUACAUGUUGGCUCUGAAGUUGAAGUGCUUUCUCAGGAUAGUGGUAUUAGAGGUUGUUGGUUCCGAGCUUCGAUAAUUAAGAAGCACAAAGAUAAGGUGAAGGUGAGAUAUCAAGAUAUCAGUGAUGCAGCUGACGAAGCCAAUAAACUAGAGGAAUGGGUUUUGGCCUCUAGGGUUGCUGCUCCUGACCAAUUAGCUAUCCGGAUUGGUGGAAGGACUGUUGUCCGUCCCACCCCCCAGUUCAAUAAAGACCGAGCUGCAUCAAUUGCUGAUGUGGGGACUGCUGUAGAUGCUUGGUGGAAUGAUGCUUGGUGGGAAGGCGUCAUUGUCCAAAAAGAAUCUGAAGAUAGAAUCCAUGUCUUUUUCCCAGGAGAAAAGAAGGAAUCAGUUUUCUGUUGCUCUGACCUAAGACUUUCCCAAGAGUGGGUGGGAAAUGAGUGGAUACAUAUCGAGGGACGACCAGACAUUCUGUCCCAUUUGUCAUCCUGCUUGGAAAGAAAGCAAUUAAAGUUCAGAUCUGAUGAGAGUAAAUUGGCCCAGGCUGCUAUUCCUGAUACCAGGCAAUCAGGAAAAGGGAACCCUGGAUGUAUUGAUUAUUCUUUAGACUCUGGAUGUGAUAUGGGAAAAGAAUUGAAGGUAGUUCCAGAUCUUUCAAAGGAUAAUUUGCUAGCCCAGUUGAGGUGGAGGUCAAUCAAGAAGAGAAGACGUGGUAGUGGGAGUUCUGGCCAUAAGAUGCACCUCAACAAUAGUGGGGGUCGAAGGUUAUCAGAAGUCAUCGGAUCCAAUUCAGGUGAAAGAUAUUUGAUUCCAACUGCCCUGAAAGUUGAUCAUGAGAACUGCAAGUACAUGGGGGAUUCUCUCUUUACCUCUGCUGUUGUGCAGCCUCUAUCAAGCUUGGUUAUGUCUAGAUGAUUGGUUCCCUGUUAUUAGGAUAUCUCAAGCAGAUGUUACUUUUUGAUCUUUUGCAGAGGUAUACAUGUGUAGCCGAUAGAAUCCUUGCCUAUGAUAGAUUUUUGAUGUUGACGACCUCGAAAGUGGACGAAGAGAGCUGCUGUACAUUGGGGGUUCUUUCUUUUUCUGUUGUUCAGCCUCUAACAAGCCUGCUUAUAAAUCUGCCUGAGACAGGCUUCUUUUUGUUGGGACGUGGAAGGGUUAUUCGUCCAUCUCUCAAGUAGAUGUAGUUUUUGUUCUUCCUCUUUUCAGAGGUACAUAUUCUCAUGGUGCAUGUACUCGAUGCAACACAAUAGAUUACAGGCCAUUGCCAUCGGUUUUGAAAACUAUUUUCUGAGAAGUGAUGGCAUCCAAUCCCAAGCUCCUUCACCGGAGCUAUGUAUUUGUAUCUAACAGUAGCCGCUGGGGUCCACAAACAUCAGGCAGCAAUUUUGAAUGACCUUAUAGAGUUCUAACCCCUGCAUAUACUUGUACCCUUGAAAGACUAUUGCAGCAUGAUUUCUGCUUGUGAUUUGUAUCUGUAUAUCGUCUCUGGCAAUAAAAUUUUACCUUCUUACUUA